GGCUUGAUGCGCGUCUGCACCGCGGCACAGGAGGAUGACCUCGCCGUAUCCCUCGACGUCAAGCCGGACGAGGGAUGAGCGCAGCGCAAAUACAGGGACUCUAUCUUCAGCUACGGUACGACCGCGCGUACGACGACUUAUAAGCACAGAGAGUGAUGGAGAAGCUCCGCCAAAGGACCUUAGCCCUCUGCCGGCUGCACACCCGAGUCGGAUAGGCGGCAGUGACAGCAUAGGGGGCAGAAGUAAUGGCGGGCUGUUGGGUGGAUCAAUGAGGGAUGGGAAUAUACCGCAAAGGCAAGGGUUGGGAAAGGGCCUUUUUGAUGGUGGCUGGACGGGGAGCUGGACCGCUCUCCAAGGGCUGGCAAGCUCAGUUCUCAGCGGAGACACGGCGGCCAGCCCGGUGCUGAAACCUGUUGGUGCUACAAGGAGGAAGAGACAGAAUAGUUUCACACCAUCUCCGGCAUUCUCGGAAUGGGGACCCCCGGGCAAACCGAACAAAGGCAAAGGCAGAGAUAUCGCAGCAGAGUCACUCGCAGCGCGCAACUCGGCCGUCAACGUCCUCAAGACAGCAUCAGCAAUGCAGGAUCACGAAGGCACCAAUUCAGGCCUCCAGAUCGGGCGGCACAAACGCCGCACAUCCGACGACCUUACCGGCCCAGCUGUUGACGACGAUACUGACGCCCUUGUAUACGUCCACCACGUCAAACCAACUGAUACCCUCCCUGGCGUUAUCCUGAAAUACAACUGCGACCCCGCCGUCUUCCGCAAAGCAAACCGUCUCUGGCCCAACGACGUUAUUCAAUUCCGCAAAACCGUUCUUGUACCCGUCGACGCCUGCGCCGUGCGCGGUGUCCCCUGCGACUCGCCCACAGAGCUCAUCUCCCCAGCCUCAGCCCUAGCGGAUGAAGAACCGCCUAACCUCUCCUCGCCCUCCGCACCUUCCCCUUGGGCAAACUCCAUCCUCUCCCCCCCAGAUAUCCCAGAAACAGAUACCUCAGACCCAGAUGGCGACCCCUGGAUCCCUGUCCGCUGGGUUCUGCUCCCCUCCUCCCCAGCCUCCGAACCGACGCAAAUAGCGCGCCUGCCGCGCAAGAAACUAGGCUACUUCCCGCGCCGACGCCGGAAAAGCGGCGAUGUACCCUCGGGCGUGGCGUCAUUACUUGAUUCUCCGCGUGAAUCAGUCGAUGUCUCUGCCUCUGCGUCUCCUGCUGCGAGUCCGGGGCCGAGGCGACUGAGUAAUCUGACCAGUGGCAUGGCAGCGGGGCGUGCUGUGUCGGUGGGUCGACCGAGGCGGGAGUCUACGAGUGAAGCUGCGGCGAGGGGUGGAUGGUUCCGGGGCCCUGGUGGUGUGGGAACGUUUGGGCCGGAUGUGAAGAGGCCGGGCCCGGCACAGGAUGGGCUUAACCGCUGGGUUAAUAGGCACGUGCCGGGGUUGACGAUUGAUGAUGUAGCCUCUAAACAUGGAGCUGGAUUUUCCGAUAGAGAAGGCAUGAGUGGUGUAGGAGAUGUGUCUGGAAGUGGCGGACGAGGCAUCGAAGUUGCUGCUGCGGCUAUAGAGGGCUGGGUGAGGCGGCUUGGAAGGCCAGUGACGCCAUUGGGAAGGCAGGUGACGAGGGAGGAAGUCGGAGAUCUGAUUGAAUUACGAGAUGGGCCUGGAAGUGACGACGGAAAUAUGGGCGGAUUUGGAAUUGGCACUGGUGGUGUACCACGGGGGAGGAAAGGUGCAAAGGGAAAUUGAAUCGGGUGAGAGGCAGCGUUUGGAUGCGCACCCCACUUGGAUAAUCAGAGAGUGACGACACUUAGCGUUGCAGGAGGGAACCAGUGAGAUAUUUGGCUACACGUAGCAGUAUCCGCACAUAAAUUUUCUAGAUCACAUUUUCAGUUCAUACCUAGCAAGAAGGUGCGCGCGGCGUUUGGGAGAGGAGGGAUUGUGGAUUCCGCAUUUUUUGUGCGGCUGAUAGAUGAGAGGAACCCGGAGAAUGAUAUCUAUAUUUUACACGGUCAUGAAAAUAGCAUGUGUGCGAAGAGCUAGGACGAGAGGUGACCAGAGAAUUGAAGUUUGCAUUGGCUUAUCCCGCACGCCACCCACCCAUUGCCCAUCUCAGACACCACCAAAUUCUCCUUUCACAACUUCACCCUCGAAUUCCCCUUUCAUAACUUCCCCCUUUCCUCCCCACAAUUGCUCCUUCUUCGCGACCCCCUCUUUCCCAUCUCUCAUCCCCACCAACUCCCCAACUGGUGUAAACCGUCCGCUCAAGCAACUCGGACAUCCCACACGCUCCUUCAGCAUCUCGGUGUCCCGCCGUGUCUCCCAUCGCAGCUCCUCAACAAGUCCUUUGAGCCUGUCGAUCUUGUCGGACAGCUUGGUUUGCUCAGCGAGUAGCGAAAUGAUAGCAUUUUGGAGGAAGGCGAUGUGAGUGUUGAGGGAAAGGGAGAAGGGUGAAUGGGAUGGUGUGUUUUUGGUGCUCAUGGUUGGUGUAGUUGGGGAUGGAGUGGUGUUGAGAGGUGCCGAGAUUUGGUGGGCAUGGAAGGG